AUGACUACUGACGAUAAUACAGAACAAGAGAAGGCCGAGGCGAAGGCUGCGAGAAGGGCUGAAAAGGAAGCCGAGAAGAACCGCAAAGCCGAGGAGAAGCAAGCACGCAAAGAAGACAAGCGUAGAUCUAAAGAGGUCAAGAGAGAGACCGAAGACGCUACCAAGGCUUCUGCCGCUACUCACGAGCACGACAAGCCAUCGACCUCUGGUACUGCUACAGUCGCUACCGACGAACAUUCCGAAGUCAAGGAUGAGNNGGAUAAAGAUGUCGACACAGACCGUACUCCUGCUGUCGACGCUGAGAACGUCCCUACCUCUGACGGCGCUCCGCUAGAGAAGACAGACUCUCCAGACAUGAUGACAAGGAUCGCUACCGGCGGUACAGUCCACAGCACUAAGAGCGGUCUUCGUCCAGAAUUGGACCGUCACGUUUCUACUGUUGUUAGCUCCAGCUCUUCAAGCGCACGCAGCAGUCUGAGUCUUUCCAGUAUUGAAGAGACUAGAGACACGCAGGCCGCGACCAGCAACACAGAGGCAGUGACCAGCAACACAGAGGCAGUGGCCGGCAACACAGAGGCAGUGGCCAGCAAAGACGUGCCUUUGUCAGUUCCUGAGACCACUACCAACGCCAUCGCCCUUCCUCCUGUCGAAGCUGUUUCUGGUAAUGCCGCCGAGUCCGAGCCCACUGGCACCACUUCUUCUGCAACCGCCAGCUCAGUUGCUUUCCAACGCCGCAAGUCCAGCCGUAUGAGCGGUUUCUUCUCUCGCUUCAGCCGCAAGUCUAAGCCUGCUGAGAAGACCCAGCCAUCCGAGACCGCUGCCGUCACUCUGCCAGCCACAGAUGCUAAGAAGAGCCUUUCGACCUCCGAGCCCUCGACAUCUGGCGUCGCAGCAGAGGCUCCAGUAACCAGCGAUGCAGUCUCCGACUCAUCGUUCCGCCGCCACGACACAGAUCUGCACAGCAUCUCGUCCAUGUCCAGCGACGAGCAACUGCCAACGACGCGCCCCACUGCCCGCCGCGGCCGCAGCAGCAUAAGCGCCAUCAGCGGCGAUGAAGACGAGUUCGAAGAGGCACGCGAUCACUUUGACGAAACCCUUGCACCCCCACCUACAUUCGGCGGACAGCCCAAGGCACAGAGCCCCGCACGCGAGACCAAGUUCCAAGAGGAGUUCUAG